ACGCGGUACGUCCAACGUUUGCGUUACAUUUUUGCGUGAUUCGUUACAUAAAAUUUAUCUUGUUGUAAUCCUUGCACAAGUCCUCUACUACUUCCAUACCUAUAACUAUUAACUCUCAUAUCAAAUAGUUAUGGUUAACCAAAGUAAAAAGCAGCGAACUCAAUCCCCUGUAAAACUGAUGACUAAUUUUAAGUCGUUGAUUGCUACAUCAAGCAACAUACUUCCUACAAAUGGUUAUAGUGAGCCACAAAACUCACUUGUAUGUCGUAAGCGUCGAGCUGAAACUGAGGAUAAAACUGCACUGACAGCUAGUAUUAGCACUACUCCCAAAAAUUCAGUACCCUCUGCUCAUACAGAAACCCUCCCUACACCUUAUGUGCUUAUCGAAAAGCUCCAGCCUUCAAGCUCUGUUUCAGUACUAUCUUCAGAAAUAGAACUUCUAAAGUUGUCUAUAGGAGAACUUAAGGCCGAGUUAAGGGACUUAAAAAACAAUAAGUCAGUAGAUCCUGGAAUUUCCGAUACCAAUACCAAAAUCUCCAAUUUAUCAGGUCAGAUCAGUGAUAUCAGACUGCAGGUCUGUGAACUGACACCUUUAACUAUUCUCAUGAAAACUGUAGACCUUAACAAACUUGACAGUGAAUCGAUAUCUAAGGUGGAUAACCUAAUUAACUUUGUUACUACAGAAGUAACAAAACGACUAGAUGCUAAAUUAAAUGCUAUUGUCUACAACGUUCCGGAUAAUGAGGCACUAAAAAAGGUACAGCGCAUCCUACUUAGUGAGGCGAAAAUGCCCAACUCCAAGACUAAGUGCUACAGGCUGAAGAAGAGUCAACAUGAAAAGUGUUGUCCUAUUCGUUUUCAGUUCGAAACACCUGCUGAGGCCAGAAAAUUUAUCCACUCCCAACACA